AUGUAUCUCNUCUCCGCCGCCACUCUCCCUCUCCGUCAUUUUGAAGCCUUUCAUGUCGCCGAAGAGAUUAGCUAUGAACUCGUCAGCCGUCUUGGGUAUGGAUAUNAGUUCGUGGACCUCAGCGACUCUUGUUGGUCUCGCUCAUGGCAAGGUUUUGUUUCUUCCGAAACCGCCAAAACCGCAACCACUGAAACCGCCAGACCCGCCGGUACCACCGGAUCCCCCGCCUCUUCCCCCUGCUCGCUUAUCGACCUCUNGUUUUUAUAG